AUGCCAGCUCCCCUAAUACCGCACAGUGCUCACCAUCCUUUCUUUUGCAUUCAGGUGACUCUGGUCUCUGCGUCUCCUGGGAAGGUGACCUGUGAGCUGAAAGUAGAGGAGGAGCACGCCAAUAAGAUGGGCACGCUCCACGGGGGACUGACAGCCACCCUGGUGGACAACAUAUCGACCAUGGCUCUGCUCUGCACGGAAAGGGCCCUGCCAGGUGUCAGUGUGGACAUGAACAUAACGUACAUGUCACCUGUGAAAAUUGGCGAAGUUGUAGUAAUAACAGCGCACAUUCUGAAGGAAGGCCGGACACUGGCCUUUGCCUCCGUGGAUCUGACCAACAAGGCCACUGGGAAGCUGGUGGCUCAGGGUAGACACACAAAGCACUUGGGGAACUGAGGAUAGCACGCGGACUCAACCAACCCAGCGAGGGGAUUGAAUGUAAACAUGAUUUAAAUUUACCUUCCCAAUAAAUUAGCACAACCAGGA